AUGGUGACAGAGCUGUUGGCUAGAGGAGCAUGCCUGAGCGAACGAGAUUCCGAAGGAUGUACUGUCCUGCACAUUCUCGCCAAGCGAGAUAACUCUAACUAUAAAGAAACUGUUAAAUUCCGGGAUAACGAAAUUCCAAACUCCGAGGCAACUAAAAGCGAAGGCAGGAACUCAGGGGAUGAGUGUGUGGCUUGUUGCAUCGACACUGAAAGAGGAGUUCGAUUUAAUUUUUUCUUUUCCAUACUCGCAAAACAAAAUAUUACUCAUCUUGACAUGUGCGACAUAGUAGUGGAUCACACAAAGAUCACAGACAGCUGUGAUAACUAUUGCAACACAGCACUGAUUCUGUCGGCAAAAUACAAUAACUGGGACAUCACAGAGCGACUUGUCAUCAAAGGAGCAAACACGCGCAUUCUGGAUUGUAAUGGACUGUCUGUCCUACAUAUUCUUGCUUCUGUAAAACCUGAAAGCGACAAUGUUUUUUUCUGUGAAAAUAUGCACAAGAAACUCCUGGAGCUCUUGGUCUCAUCUGGAGCUGACGUCAGCGCACGCGACCCAGAAGGCAACACGCCGAUACAAGUGGCUGCGAAGCACGGAAACAUGGACAUGGUGGAGCGGCUCUUAGAGUUUCUAGACAACGUCAACGAGACUGACAGCGAGGGCUUCACCUUGUUGUCGAGAGUCGCUCAGUCCUCGUCUCCCAGAUGUGAGCACAUCGCCAGGCAGCUGGUGAGGAAAGGUGCUGACGUCAACAGGACGUCAUCAGAAGGCAAGUCACCGCUAGCACUGUCGAUGAUAGCAAGUAACUGGCCCGUAACAUCAGUAUUGCUGAAUGUCACUUCUAGUAACAAUAGUAAUACUGCAUUCAAAGAGUACCAUUUAAAUUUGCAUCAGCUUGUAGAAGAGGAGUGUCCAUUAAAUAUUAUUUUACAUUUCUACACAAACAACCACCGUACUGCAGACACGUCUGAAUGGAAAAAUCAGUCUUACAGCUUGCAAUCACAAAGAGAAGAUGGGACUUGGUGGAACGAUUCCUAG